AUGGCUCACAAGAAUGACGGACAGUACAACCCUCUGGUCGAUCCCAUUACCCCCUUCCAUUCAAGGGCCGUCCCCCGCAUCUCCAUCGACGCCUACCUGACCAGGAUCCUGCAGUUCAUCCCUUUCACGAACGAGGUACUGCUCAACGUGCUCGUCUUUCUCGACCGGAUAGGAGGGCUGGGUGGGAUGGAGAACGAGAUUGUUGGAUUGAUAGAGGAGGCGGAAAUCCACGAGCAUGAACAACCUUGUGUCGGUGGUGGUUGUGGUGGUGGAUCUAGAGACCCCUCGGAAUCAUCAACAUCAUCCCUUUCCUCCUCCUCAACAUCGCCCUCGUCAUCCUCGUCUUCGUUAACAGUAACAACAUCACCACGUCCCGCUGCUACGCAUCAGCAUCACCCACCACCAUCUGUUCACAAUGGCGACAGCAACAGAGAUGCCGAGCGUUUGGCCAAGAGGGCGAGAUUCCAAGACCCCGUCGCGACCGAAAGGGCGAUCACCAGCAGUACUACGGUCGAUGCGCAUAUCACUCCUGGAGGAGCUACCCCGGCGCCCACUCCCAAGAUGACUGCAGCUCCGAACGGGUUCCGGGUCAACAGUUUCAACAUCCACCGACUUCUGAUUACAUGUCUGAUGGUCGCUGCCAAGUUCACUUCGGAUCUCUUUUAUUCCAAUGCUCGAUACGCCAAGGUCGGUGGCCUCAGCUUGCCCGAGCUGAAUCAAUUGGAGCUCGUGUUCCUGUUUACAACCCAAUUUGACCUGAACGUCAAGGAGGAGGAGCUGCAGCGAGUAGGAGACGCUCUGUUGAGGUUUAAGAACAGAGAGACGACCACCUCCGAUUCUCAAGCCUCCCUUCCUGCGCCUCCUGCCGCCAUUGCUGCUCAGGUCGCCCGCACCGUCGUGGUCGUUAGCAACAAUGCCAUCCAUCCCAACACCAUUAACACCGUUGCCAACACCAACGCUGUCAAUGGCGAUGGUCAUCCUGUCUUGCAGACCAAUGUCACCGCCACCACUAAGUCUUCGUCAGAGAUGAUUGUCUACCCUCGCCAACAACCACCAAGAGCAGGUCGCUUCUCGAUCCCUUCACCGACUAGCCCCAAUAGCGGACCCAUGUCUGACCGAGGGUUACCGCAAAAGCCUAUACCGUCAUUACCAUCGUCGUCCGCGUCGUCAUCGUCCUCUUCAUCGUCAACUUCGACCGCGUCUUCCACAACAACAGCCACGCUUCACUCUGUUAGUAGCAGUGCAGGCCAUUCAACAACAGUUGUCGCGUCCGGAUCGCGUUCCCAGCCACCUCAGUUGCUGUCACCUCCUGAAGAGAAGUGUGGACGAUGGGCUGAAGGAGGAACAGGAGGAGAUUCUCGUGACGUUUAUAUGGCUACUCCUGCACCAACACCCAGCGCUCUUUCGUCCAGCAUGCCCACUGAACCCAAUUAA